CUUGAGCCACGGCAAGAAGAAGCUUCUGACGUGCGCGCGCUCAGUAUUGACUCCUCGUUCGGUCAACAAAGUGUAUUGAUAAAGCAGCAUUAGGGAGCCAAAUUUUCCGCAUAUAACUGGGGAAAAAAUCGUACGGCGGGAUAUUUUUAAAGAAGACCUGAGACAGUAUAUGAAGACAUUUUAUUAGUCAGGGCACAUGUCAGGCAAAGUUUAGAUACAUGGACUUGAACAGUCUUAGACAAAAAGACUAAAUUAACGCACAAAAUUCAGUUUUGCAGCACAUGACCCUUAACUUUUUAUGAAUGUCAUCUUAGCUGCUAGAAAGUGUUCAGCACACAGUUAUAUUUGAUAAACUGACCAUCUGUGGUGGCAACUACAAGAGUGCUGAAUUUCAGUCAGAAUCAGGAAGAUUUAGAUCCUUUCUUUCACAUGCUGGUUGGAAGACGACCAGUUUGCUUCAAUGGCGCAUUUCAGCAACAAAAGGAGAAGUUGUAGGGGGAGCUGUUACCUCAGCAUCAGCUGGGAGAUAGCCUAGCCUAGUUCAGCUCAGCUCAGCACAGCUAACUAGUCCAGAAGUAGUCCCUCCCCUCCCUUAUCCUCCUGCAUCUCCUGCCCCUGCUAACCCCUCCAAGUGAGCUGCCAUGGCAUCGGUCCGCUUCACCGUGACGCCCACCAAGGCCGAGGACCUCCCGGGGCUGUCCGACACGUCGCCCGACCUCAGCUCCCGCCCGUCCAACCGAGUUCGCUUUGGCUCCGGGGAGAGCGUGAAUCGAAGCGAGCCGCCCAGCGAGGCAGGUGUGACCAGCGCGACGGGAGGAGAGGCUGGAACGCCGGAUCACUGCAGUGUAGAACAAGGUGAGGAGAACUCAAAAAUCUCCAAUGUGUACAUCAACAACACUCAUGGGGAUGACGAUGACUUUUACGACAGAAACCUGGCCUUAUUUGAGGAGGAGAUGGACACUCGGCCAAAGGUGUCGUCUUUUCUCAACCGCCUGGCGAACUACACCAACCUGAUGCAGGGGGCCAAGGAGCAYGAAGAGGCUGAGAGCAUCAGUGAGAAGAAGAAAGCUCGCAAGUCGCCACAGAUGGGGACGUUCAUGGGCGUUUACCUGCCCUGCCUGCAGAACAUCUUCGGGGUCAUCUUGUUCCUGCGGUUGUCGUGGGUGGUGGGCACAGCUGGGGUGCUGCAGGCCUUUUGUAUUGUCUUCAUAUGCUGCUGCUGUACGAUGCUGACUGCGAUAUCAAUGAGUGCCAUUGCUACGAAUGGAGUUGUGCCAGCGGGAGGCUCUUACUUCAUGAUCAGUCGGUCCCUGGGGCCAGAGUUUGGGGGAGCAGUGGGCCUUUGUUUCUACCUGGGCACCACCUUCGCCGGAUCCAUGUAUAUCCUCGGAGCUAUCGAGAUCCUCCUGACGUACAUUGUUCCAGAGGCAGCCAUUUUUCAAGGAGACGGGGCGGCCAUGUUGAACAACAUGCGAAUCUACGGCACCAUCUGUCUCCUCCUGAUGGCCUUAUUGGUCUUUGUGGGCGUUAAAUAUGUAAACAAACUGGCUUCCAUCUUCUUGGCCUGUGUCAUCAUCUCUAUCUUCUCCAUCUACAUCGGCGCACUGGUCUCUGCCUUCAGACAGCCGCAUUUCCCCGUGUGCAUGCUGGGCAACAGAACUAUCAACGGUCAUGAUAUUGUGGACAACCAGUGUAGAAAAACCAUCCUGGUGCAAAUUAAAAACACAACAGAGAGUUCUGACAGUAACUUCAUGAGUGACUAUGAGAACAGCACAGUGGGUCCAACCCAUGCACCCCCCACCCACAACCCUGCUGCCAUGGAGGAGCCCACAGCUCUGUGGGAACUUUUCUGCGGGGGCAGCAAAGAGCUCAACGCAUCCUGUGACGAGUUCUUCACCUCCAAUAAUUUCUCCGAAAUUAAUGGGAUCCCUGGUCUGAUCAGCGGGGUCAUUUCAGAGAACCUUUGGAGCUCGUACCUCAGCAAAGGUGAUGUGAUUGAGAAACACUCACUUAGCUCCUCUGACACGGGACAUCCAGCCUCCACCCAUCAUCCAUACGUCUUCGCUGACAUCACCACCUCCUUCAUGCUGCUGGUCGGCAUCUUCUUCCCCUCAGUCACAGGAAUCAUGGCUGGUUCUAAUCGAUCGGGGGAUCUAAAAGACGCUCAGCGCUCCAUCCCCAUCGGAACCAUCCUCGCUAUCCUCACUACCUCUAUUGUCUAUCUGAGUAGUGUUGUGUUGUUUGGCUCCUGCAUUGAAGGGGUCGUCCUCAGAGACAAGUUUGGAUAUUCAGUUAAAGGCAACCUGGUGGUGGGGACUCUGGCCUGGCCGUCACCUUGGGUCAUUGUGAUUGGCUCCUUCUUCUCUACAUGCGGCGCAGGCCUGCAGUCUCUGACCGGAGCGCCCCGACUCCUGCAGGCCAUCGCGAAGGACAACAUCAUCCCUUUCCUCCGGGUGUUUGGUCAUGGCAAAGCAAACGGAGAGCCGACCUGGGCUCUGCUGCUGACAGCGCUGAUAGCUGAGUUGGGGAUUCUCAUUGCCUCUUUGGACAUGGUCGCACCCAUCCUUACAAUGUUCUUCCUGAUGUGUUACCUCUUUGUGAACCUGGCUUGUGCCUUGCAGACCUUCCUCAGGACUCCCAACUGGAGGCCACGGUUCUCCUAUUACCACUGGACCCUGUCAUUUUUGGGGAUGACAAUCUGCCUGGCUCUCAUGUUCAUAUCUUCCUGGUACUACGCAAUCAUUGCCAUGGUGAUCGCUACCAUGAUCUACAAAUACAUUGAAUAUCACGGAGCUGAGAAGGAGUGGGGGGAUGGGAUCCGUGGUCUCUCACUCAGUGCUGCUCGUUAUGCCCUCUUGAGACUGGAGGAAGGACCGCCGCACACAAAGAACUGGAGGCCCCAGCUGCUGGUUCUACUAAAACUGGAUGAAGACGCCCACGUCAAGUCUCCCCGCCUCCUCACGUUCGCCAGCCAGCUGAAGGCUGGAAAAGGCCUGACCAUCGUGGGAACGGUUGUCGCAGGCAACUUCCUGAAGAGCUACGGGGAGUUUCUCGCUGCCGAACAGACUCUGAAGCACCUGAUGGAUAAGGAGCGAGUGAAGGGUUUCACCCAAUGCAUCGUGGCUCAGAAACCCCACGAGGGAAUCAGCUGCAUGAUCCAGUCCAGCGGUCUCGGAGGGAUGAAGCCCAACACUGUAGUGAUGGGCUGGCCUCACACCUGGAGGCAAAGCGAGGACCCCCAGGCCUGGAAGACCUUCAUCAACACGGUGCGGGUCACCACCGAGGCCCACCUGGCCUUAUUGGUGCCCAAAAACAUCUCCCUGUUCCCCAGCAACAGCGAGCCGUGCACAGAGGGCUACAUUGACGUGUGGUGGAUCGUCCACGAUGGAGGGAUGCUGAUGCUGCUGCCUUUCCUCCUUCGUCAACACAAGGUGUGGCGGAAGUGUGGGAUGAGGAUCUUCACGGUGGCUAUGAUGGAGGAUAAUUCCAUUCAGAUGAAAAAGGAUCUGGCCACCUUUCUGUAUCACCUCCGCAUUGAGGCUGAAGUUGAAGUGGUGGAGAUGCAUAACAGUGACAUCAGUGCAUACACCUACGAGAGGACACUGAUGAUGGAGCAGAGAUGUCAGAUGCUCAGACAGAUGAGACUCUCAAAAUCAGAUCGGGAACGAGAGGCCCAGCUGGUGAAGGACCGGAACUCCAUGCUGCGUCUGACCAGCAUCGGUUCAGACGAUGAAGAUGACACCGACGGAGGAGAGCGAGACCGAGCGGUGAGCGGCGGCAGCACAGAGCACCAACGUCGCGUCCAGAUGACCUGGACCAAAGAGAAGACGUCCCAAUACAGAGUGGCACACUCGGGCUGCUCCACACCUGAAGGCUUCAGAGACAUGCUGAGCCUCAAACCGGACCAAUCCAACGUCAGGCGCAUGCACACUGCCGUCAAACUCAAUGAGGUCAUUGUCAAUAAAUCACAUGAUGCUCGACUAGUCCUGCUCAACAUGCCAGGACCCCCAAAGAACUCUGAGGGAGACGAGAACUACAUGGAGUUCCUGGAGGUCCUGACYGAAGGUCUGGAGCGUGUGCUGCUGGUCAGAGGAGGAGGAAGUGAAGUCAUCACCAUCUACUCCUGAUUGGACAAAGACAGGAAGAGCAGAAACGGUUUGGAGUGAGGGGCGCAGAGGGUGAAAGGUGGGGGAGGGGCUCACUGAGACUCACCUGCAGCAGCGUUGCUCAUCACACCCAACAGCCCGCCGUUAUAUCCUCUUUUUUUUACCGUCUUAAAAACGGUUCCCUUUCCACUUUUGUCCGCCUGAAGAAACGCCAACACAACUCCUCAGAAAUAACAGCAAUCAUUUGUGUGUGUGUGUGUGUGUGUGUGUGUGUGUGUCAUCUGAAAGAUCGCUGAUGUGUUGGAAAGACCAGUGUUGUGUUUGAGCAGCAGAACUGGUAACUUUAAAGACAAACAGAACAUGUGAAGCCUCUCAGAUCAGUGCAGUUAUUCCACUGAUGAGACUCAGGGUUGUUCUUUUUUGUACUGAAUGUAAUUUUGGAAGAAUAUAGGAGCUUGUUUAAUGAGGCCUGAAUGUUUAAAAACAAACGAGUAUUCAUUUAUUUAGUUUAAGGCACAUAAACUUUUUAUUCCAGCACCACAAAAAAAAAAAUGGAAAUGCAACGUAAACACAAUGAAAGAUGUUUGAUUUAAAACAGUUUCAUUUCAAAGUCAGUCCAGGAAACAUUUCCAUGGACGAGAUGUUUCUUUUAUAUCCCAGCUGUGUACGUCCUGGAAGAUAAACUUUCAAAUUUAAUUUGCACACGUUUCAAAUCUUAAAACUGUUUUUAUUUGUACAGAUUAUUUAGUUUACCUUUUUAUUAGAAUAUAUUGUGACCAAAAGCCUGGUUCUUAGUUUAGUUUCAAAUUCUGAAAAAUGAAACAGAAAUCUGAGAACGACUCUGGUUUUUGAGGCAGAGCAAAAGGAAAUCGCACAUUUCCUUAUAAAGACAUUCCAGAAACAUAAUUUAUUGAUUGAUUAGGUUAACAUUUGGAGAUAAGGUCGAAUUUAUUGAGAAAAUGUGCACCUUAAUGUAAUACUUCACCUUUGAAUACCACGUGUUAGUAAAAAAAAAAACAUUCAUGAGCUUUUAAAAUCACCAAAUUUGAUCUAUAAUUUAGAACUUUGCUGUUUUUCCUCUUUUUGUAAUUUAUUUUCACGUGGAGCUGUUUUGUUUUGUUACUGAACAGGCUCCUGUACUUUUGUUAAUCUCUCAGAUUAAAACAGAUUUACAGAAUGGCACAUAUCUUUUCUGUUUGACAGCCCACUCUGAUGUUGUUUGGUCUCCAUUUUGGAGUAGAACCAAGUGAAAUUAAAUGGAGCUUAACUAGAAGAGACAUUAGACAUUUGAUAAACUUUUACUACAACUGCACAACAAAGACUAAAAAUACUGUAUACAGUUCAGUUUUUWAAAAAGUAAAGAAUAUAUUGUCACAUAAAGGCGACACAUUAAUUACGUAGCAAAGCAUGCUGGGUAAAUUAUGACUUGCUAUUCCAGUGCUCUAUCCAGCUUCAAGGUUAAUUUUAUACAUCUGACAUUCAGCUGUUUUAAAUGAAACCAGAGUGCGUCGACAGAGAGGAAAAUGUAAAUCAGUCUGCUACUGAAAGUGUUGAGGACAACAGAGCUGCUUCAUGGAAGGAGACGCUCUGAUUUAGCCUCAUAGCUUUCACAUUAGCGCCUAAGCUAAUGCACGUAUGGCGAUUAAUAACUCGUUCCAUUUAUAUCGUAUUCUGGAACUGGGAAGUGGUAGUGACGUAAUUCCCCAACAAACCGUGUGAAACUGUAUUCUAGUUAGCCCACUGGUGAUUGCGUUGCUGCUGCUAACCUAGUUACCACACUGUUACAAUAUAAACAAUAACAAAGAGUUCGGCUACAAACGUCAUGCACAUAACAACAGUAUUCGCAUAAAAUGCACUACUUUUAUGAGUGAUUAAACACGCAYAAAAACAUUAAGAAUAGUAAUUAACAGUAAAUUUACAGAGUUAACUUUCUAAAUCUGUGAGUAGCAACCAUCCUGAAAUUGAAACUGGGUGUAGUCGCAGCCACUACCGCUAUGUGGGAUUGGAUGGGAUUUAGCACAGUUUAAAUUUAUGAAUGGGAGCAAGGGAAUUUCCACUUCCCUGUGCCACUGGAACACACCAAUAGGGUUAGCGGCCAAGCUAAUACAUGUAUAAAUGGCAGUAUAGUGUUAGCGCCUGAGCUAAUAAUAUUAGGUAAUAUUAUUGGGCAAGGCAAAUUUAUUUGUGUAGCACAUUUCACACCAGAAGGCAACUUAAGGUGCUUUUACAGAAUUAAAACUAGUUAAUAUGAACACAAAGAAGCAACAUUAAAAACAAUAAAAAAAUUAUUACUAGGUCAUAAAAGCUAAUAAUAGCGUGGAAACUAACACCACAUAUAUGUAUGAUGAAAGUUCUCCAGCUAAUAUUAUAARCUAUGCUAAUAAUAGUAAUUAAUAAUAUUAGCUCCGCCACUAAUGCUAUAUCACCGUUUAUAUAUAUUAGCUUGAGCGCUAACGCUAAAUCACCAUUUAUACAUGUAUYAACUGAACGUAAUCAUUUACCCAGUGUGCUUUGUGGUGUAAAUAAUCUGGCGCUGCCAUUUGACAAUAUACUUUUUACAUUUAUAAAAACUAAAAAGCUUGCAGUUUUUUACAGUAUUUGUUUUGCAGUAGAAGUACAUGUUUAUCAAAUAAUGUGUAAUGGUUACAACAGGUCGGGGUUCCCUUUAAGACCAGGACUGGGGUUUUGCAUCAUGUUCCUGGAUUUGUUGAUGUCAGUUUCAGUUCCUGAAAAAAACAAACUAAAUGAUGCCAAGUUCACUGGAAGUGAAGCUGCUGGACUGCAGCUGAAAUGUUAAUAAGUUAAGCUGAUGUUUUUGUUUGUAGUUGUAAAGACCCUAUAAGAGGGGAAAACCUGGAAGUAUUUUUGACAAACUGGACCAUUGUUGYGCGGGCCACUUACACUGCAUGUGUGUAUAUGUUUGUGUGUCAAUGUGUUCAUUUAGCGUUCCUCAUUGAUAAACUCUUGGCAGUGUUAUGUAGUACGAGCUUGUGUCCUGAUAACUCGUCUCACCGCACACCUAAAAGAAACUGGCUCACAUCCUGCUUCGUGAAGGACUGACCGCUCGUGAGCUUGUUGUUAAAUUUAGGAUGUUCAAACUAGAGUCAUUUGAUUCCACUUUUAUUUUUUAUUUUUUUACAAUCCUGUGCAGGAAUUGUUUUAUGUUGAUUACUUUAACAUUGUUGUCUUGCUUGUACAUAAGAACAAAUAAGAUUGUGCGUUUCACCUUUUUUAAAUUGCAUUAUUAUAAAAUUCAUAAAAACUGCUUUAAAAAUGAGAAUAAAGCAAUUUUAAAGAAA